CGUAUUAGCGGAUGCACGCCAUCUGUGUACGUAACGCAUUGCGUCACAGCAAAAGGGAAAAAAAAAAAAAAGCUGCAGAGGAAGGAGUCAUGGCUGCUCGCAGAGAACCCAGCAGUGAUGAUGAAUCAUAUGAAGUGUUGGAUUUAACAGAUUAUGCCAGGCGUCACCAUUGGUGGAACCGCUUGUUUGGGCGUAAUUCUGGGCCACUUACAGAAAAAUAUUCUGUAGCUACACAAAUUGUAAUUGGAGGCGUGUCAGGCUGGUGUGCAGGAUUUUUGUUUCAAAAAGUUGGCAAACUUGCUGCAACAGCAGUAGGUGGUGGUUUCCUUUUGCUUCAGAUUGCCAGUCAUGGUGGAUAUAUACAAGUAGACUGGAAGAGAGUUGAGAAAGAUGUAAACAAUGCUAAAAGAAAGAUUAAGAAGGAAGCUAAUAAGUCUGCACCUGAAAUUAACACUUUAAUUGAAGAGUCUACUGACUUUGUCAAGAAAAACAUUGUUGUAUCUGGUGGGUUUGUCGGUGGGUUCUUACUUGGCCUUGCCUCUUAAGGAUCUACAGGAAAGUGGAACGUGGAGCUGGGAAUAUGGACUUGUUUAGAACGAAGAUUGUGUAAUAUACACUUAAAAACUCAAUGGUUAAUGCCUGUCAAAGACACUUUUUUUUUUUUUUUUUUUAAUUUUUAGGAUGUUCAUGGUAUAUGCUUAUAUGCAAAGAGGUCAUGGCAUAGCUGAGUGCCUAAUCUGUAUUGAUGGACUAAUUUUUGGCUAGUUCAUAUGUGUUUAUUCUUUGCACUACUGUUCUUAAUACUGAUGUUUUUUUUAGUUUCUGAGAAUUUGUGCAUUUCAUUUGCUUUUAUUAUGUGUUUUUCUCAUGAAAGACCCACAGAUCUUCAUGGUUCCCAUACUCCAUAAAUUUGCAUUAUAUGUUUAACUGUAUGUGUGUUUUUCUGAGUAGUGCCAAAACAAUGUACUGUAACUGCCAAUCAAACCUGAAGGUGAUUAUUUAAGAAAAGGGAAAAAAUGAAUAGUGCGCAAUAUAGAUUAUGAUACUGAUAUACUGUAUGUAAGUAGCAAAAAUCCACUAAAUGGUUAAACACAAUGGUGUAGGUCUUCUUUAGAGUUACAGAAAAUAUAGGUCACAUUGUUAAAAUGUAUUUGAAGAACACAAAUGAUUAAAAGGCAAUUAUUCUAAUUAUAUUUGCAUUAACACGAGGUUUUAUUGAUGAAAGAUUUGGAGGUGAAUAGAAAUAAUACCCCUUAUUAUCAUGAGAAGCAUUUGAGAAAAUAGAAGCAAAUCAAAGCUGUAAGAUUAAAGUAUUUGUUUUACAUGAGA